ACUCUCUUUCUGCCUCACUCUCACACUUCCUCUCCAUCAGUCCUCCAGCAGCAGCCUCUCCUCAGUCAUGGGGAGCUGGUAGAAGCGGCUCUCCUCUCCUCACCUCCUCCUCACCUCCUCCUCUCUCCUCCUCUCCUCUCCUCGCUCCUCGCGGUGGAUGUUGGAUGUACCAUGAGGUCUCCGCGGCUCUGGGCAGCUCUGUGCCUCCUCCUCACCGCCUCCUGCCGGCUGUGCGCGGCCGCCCGACACGGUUGUUUGUUUGAGAAGAAACUCUGUCCCAGUGAUCAGCUGUGCAACGAUGACGGUUUGUUUGGACAGUGCAGGGCCCUUCAUCAGGACCCGGUCCAGUACCAGGCGUCCGUCCCCGUCCUCCACAGGCUGCAGGAGGUCCUCAAAGACCUGAUGGUCCAGGGUCUGACCUGGAGGGACGACGUCACCCAGGAGAUCAUCGCCCGAGAGCUGAGUCGCGUUCCCACCGUCGGCCCCCAGGACCCCCCCAGACAGUCGUCCAGGUUGUUGGGUCCCGUCCCACAGAAGGUUCAUGACCCCGACGUGAUGCAGCAGUACGUGGACUACAUGGUCCUGGACCCCUCCCGGUCCUCGGUGCACAUGCAGGCGCCCCGGUUGGACCCGUACAGCUUCCAGCAGCAGCCGUACGAAGACCAGGAGGAGGAGGAGCGCUCCCUCAACUCCCUGGACGAUAAUCCGGCCUUCACACCCUCACGCUCCAGAACCCGAGGAAACUCUCUGGACCGGGACCGGCAGCUCCUCCAGGACCUGGUGUCCUUUUACCUCACGUCCCCUUCUUCCUCCUCCUCCUCCUCGUCCUCCUCCUCUUCUUCCUCCCUCUCCCAGCUCAGAGGGCCGGCGGCCGCUCCAUCUUCCUCCUCAUCUUCCUCCUCGUUCUUUCCAGAGCUGGACUUCCCGUUGGACUACGGCGAGGACUACGUUUCCCAGGUGUCUCAGCUCCGUAAGGAGCCUCAGCCGGAGACGGAGAAGAAGGCUCAGAAGGAGUACGACGGCCUGUCAGGACUGGACGAACGCUCUCUGCAGACGCUGGCUCUGCUGCUCGACCACUACGGCCUGGACGUGAAGGACUUGUCCUCGGAGCAGAAGGACAACCUGCCGGCCGUCCUCAAGCAGCUGCAGCUGGAGACGUCCUACGCCAACAAACAAACCAAAGAUAAAUAUGGGAAGAACGCGGCCACGGGGAAGAAGGUCACAGAGGGGUCCAUGGCCUAUAAAACAGCCCCCCAGGAGGCUCCGCCCUCCACCGUCAAGUCCCUGAAGGCAGCAGGAGUCCAGGAGGAGGCGACUCCCACUGAGGCGGCCGGUCACGACAAACUGGGGAAGAAGAAGCAGCAGCAGGAGGAGAAGGAGGAGCAGGAGUUCGGCUACAUCGUCACCAACCAGAGCCCCCUGAGUCUGAACGAUGGGGUGCAUCUACUGCAGCUGAUCUCAGAGAGGAUCGGCCUCUCCACCAGCUCCUUCACCACCAUCAGUGUGGUGGGACCUGCCAUCACCUUCAAGAUCAGACCCAACUCCAGGAACCUGACGGCUGCAGACGUUGCAGAUAAAGCUGUUGCAGAGAAGAAUUUCCUGGAUUCUGAGACGGGUCUGAAGGUUCUGCAGAGCGGCGUUGGAGAGAGGAAUGAUGGGAAGCUGUUGCCCCUGGUGACCAGAGUCCAGCCCCGGUCCCGCUGGGUGUUUGCGACGCUGGUGGCCAUGGCCUGCAUGGGUGGCAUCCUGGUGGCGGCCAUGACCAUCGCCUGCCUGCGCCACCACGCCCACCGGCUGGCGGCCAAGAAGCUGGGCCUGGGGCCGGAAGGAGGCAGCUUCAGCCACCAGGAGUAUCAGGACCUGUGUCGCCAGCACAUGGCGUCCAAAGGCGCCUUCGGACGCCUGGAAGCUGCCGCCCUGGGAGCAGUGGGAGGAGCCAGUGGAGGAGGAAGUGGAAGUGGAAGUGCGGGAGGAGGUGGAGGGGGUGCUGGUGCAGGAGCAGCAGGAGGAGGAGGAGCAGCAGCAGGAGGAGGAGGAGGUACGGACUCCAGGGUGAGCAGCGUGUCGUCCCAGUUCAGCGACGGAGCCCAGCCGAGCCCCAGCUCCCACAGCAGCACCCCGUCCUGGUGCGAGGAGCCGGCCCAGGCCAACAUGGACAUCUCCACCGGCCACAUGAUCCUGGCUUACAUGGAGGACCACCUGAGGAACAAGGACCGUCUGAUGAAGGAGUGGGAGGCUCUGUGCUCCUACCAGGCCGAGCCCAGCGCCGUCUCCGUGGCGCAGAGCGACGCCAACGCCAAGAAGAACCGCUGCCCGGACUCCGUGCCCUAUGACCACUCGAGGGUGAAGCUGAAGGCGGAGGUCAACCCUUCGCGGUCAGACUACAUCAACGCCAGCACCAUAAUUGAGCAUGACCCCCGGAUGCCGGCCUACAUCGCCACCCAGGGCCCCCUGUCCCACACCAUCUCCGACUUCUGGCAGAUGGUCUGGGAGAACGGCUGCACCGUGAUCGUGAUGAUGACGGCUCUGGUGGAGGACGGAGAGAAGCAGUGCGACCGCUACUGGCCCGAUGAAGGCUCGUCCCUCUACCACAUCUACGAGGUGAACUUGGUGUCGGAGCACAUCUGGUGUAACGACUUCCUGGUGCGUAGUUUCUACCUGAAGAACGUGCAGACGCAGGAGACCCGGACCCUCACCCAGUUCCACUUCCUCAGCUGGCCGGCUCAGGGCAUCCCCACCUCCACACGCCCCCUGCUGGACUUCCGCAGGAAGGUGAACAAGUGCUACCGAGGACGGUCUUGCCCCAUCAUCGUGCACUGCAGCGACGGCACAGGCCGGACUGGGACUUACAUCCUGAUCGACAUGGUUCUGAAUCGCAUGGCUAAAGGUGUGAAAGAGAUCGACAUCGCUGCAACUCUGGAGCAUGUCAGAGACCAGAGGCCUGGGAUGGUCUGCACGAAGGACCAGUUUGAGUUUGCGCUGACGGCCGUGGCUGAGGAGGUGAACGCCAUCCUCAAAGCUCUGCCCCAGUGAAACCAGCCUCCUCCUCCUCCUCCUCCUCCUCCUCCUCCUCCUUAUCUUCACGUUUCUCUCUGUGACGACGACGACGACGACGAUGACGAAGAAUGACGUCAUGCUUCUUUCUGCUGAUGCCUUGAAACUUGAUGUCACAUUGAAAUGGAAACGCGCGGGGAGGUGUGAUUCUUAAAUGUUUGUGGCGUUAAAUGUGAUGCGUUCAGAGACCUUACACCACAAACCAUUUAAACAUCACCUUCCUUGUGGACGUCCUGGUAGCUUUUCCUCGUCUCUCUGUGGUUGUUGAAUUUGUGCUGCUCUCGGGUCGCCGUGUUUUGGACUCUGUGAGGGAGGGAAAAAUGGGCUGACGAUGAAUUUCUACAUCCUCCUUUCCUCACGAAGCUAAAGCUUGUACGUCCUUCUCUUUGUGUGCCAUUCACAUCAUUUUGCCUCUUGAUAUAUUGUCGUUUACCUCAUGCAAGACAGAAAAUGAAAUUAAAAAAAAUAAAAUAAAACAGAAAUGCUAUUCUAUGAUAAAAAAUAAAAGCUAUUUUGUAUCUGUGAGACCUUAAAUAAAUGUUUCCAUGUUUUAGUGCUGCAACCA